AAGGAAAAAAGACUCUGGGAAAAAGACUAUCCUUGGCAACCUAGGCUUCUCUUUCCCACAGACGCCUGCAGUGUUUAGAUGCUCGUGUCUGAAGAAUGCGGAAGAUACGUAGUGUUAAAGAUCCUCCUAAAAGUUAGAUAUUGCAAAGCAUUUAACCAUAUGUCUCUUUUGAGUUGGGGUUACUGGGCAGCAGAUGCUUCAGCGAGCACAUUCCAAUCAGGCAAGCCUAGCACAAUGAGAUCGUCAAGAAAACGGCUCUUGGGUCUAGCCUUUUGCUUUUGCCAUCUAUGUGGCAUAGAGUAUAAAUGAUUUGGUUGUGGUGCUUUAAGAAUACGAGAUCAGUCUUCUGAGAUCAAAACACAAGUUUACCUAACCUGGUGGUCUGUCGUCAGCAUCAGGCAGUCAAAUGCCUAUGAACCUUACAAGCCUUUCCAUGUUCUUGUCUCACCAUCUGGUAUUCAGAGGUAUAUUGCCUCUGUACACGGAGGUUUCACUUAGGAUCCUUGUUGGCAUUACCUCUGCUGGAGAGCCUUAGCAGUCUCUGUCUGAAUAAGUUGGCCGGUCUCUGCCUUGGCAGAUCAUGAAUUUUGCACUUAACUCUUUGUAAUCCGUAAGUGUAAUCGGAAUAGCCCCUGAUUGAAAUGCUUUAAAAAUUUAGGCUGGAUGUAAGAAGGCAACUUUUUCAUUGCGUGUAGCAUUGUGCUGGCUUAUUGAAUGGUUGUGCAUAUAUGUGAUGUUGUUUAAUGUGGGUUGCAACAGCUACUCAGUCGACUUCUUGCAUGUUAUGCGAGUGGUACCCUAACCUCUGGAUUGCCGAGAGAUGAUGCCAGCCUGUACUGAUUCCAGCCAAGACAGAAACCAUAUGUAGGCUGCAUUCUCUGUAUGCUGGAGGCUUUCUUCAUUGAGUUGGAUCCAGUUCUGUUGUUUGAACGUGGGGUUAUGUGCAUGCUACGCAAAUACUCUUGUAUAUUUGGAACCCUUCUGUAGUGUGUGUGUGUGUCUGAUGAUUAAGUCCAAGUUCACACACUCAGGAGAGUGGUAGAAUGGAUUGCACCUUUUCAGGCUACAGGUGGAGGAUCACAUUUUAGGAUUUUCUUCUGGGAUAAAAAAGACUCCUUGCAAUUAGAAAGCCAUCUUAAGGGAGAGAAUGUUUGUCCCUGAUGUGCCAGUGUUCUAUUUGCAUGGCGUUUUUAUUGUUGAUAAAGAAAAGGAACAUUUAAAGAUGAAACCCAUCACCUGUGGCCUGUGUUGUUAUAGUCCAUUCUACCUCCUCCUUCAUGUAUGAAUCAGCUUUAAGAAAUUCUCUUCUUUGUGCACUUGAUGGAGCAUGUGCAGAGACCAAGGACUAGCAGGGAGCAUGGCCACCCUUCUACAUGAUGCUGUGAUGAAUCCAGCCGAAGUGGUGAAGCAGCGGAUGCAGAUGUACCAUUCUCCGUACAAGUCAGUCUUGCAGUGUGUCAGGACGGUGAAAAGGACUGAGGGGCUGAGUGCCUUCUACCGCAGCUAUACCACCCAGCUCACCAUGAACAUCCCGUUCCAAGCCAUCCACUUCAUGACCUAUGAGUUCAUGCAGGAACAGAUCAACCCUCGGCGACAGUACAACCCUCAAACGCACAUUGUCUCCGGGGCUGUUGCCGGGGCUGUUGCAGCUGCAGCCACAACCCCCCUGGAUGUCUGCAAGACUCUCCUCAACACUCAGGAAAACAUGGCCUUAAGUUCUGUGAACAUCAGUGGACGCCUCUCAGGAAUGGCCAAUGCGUUCAGGACAGUUUAUCAACUAGGGGGUGUCGCUGGGUAUUUUAAGGGGGUUCAAGCACGAGUUAUAUACCAGAUGCCUUCAACUGCCAUUUCUUGGUCUGUGUAUGAAUUCUUCAAGUACUUCCUUACAAAGCGUGAGGCAAAUAAAAAACCAGCAUGUUGACAAAGCUGGCACUGUAGCAGCGGUCCAGAACGGCCCAGAGAGACGCCUGAUGCGCAAACUCUCCUGGUACAGUCUGUUGAAAAGGUUUCUAGUAGAUUCAUUGCCGAGUUCUGUUGAAGGAGAAGUUUGUUGUCGUCUCCCCACCUGUUUUUGGCUAAACCAAAUUGUUUGAGGACUGUUUUUUAAAAACAACAAUACAAGUAUUUAUAAUUUUAUUUCAGUUGAUAAAAAUGUGAUGCAGAUUGUAAAAGAGUAUAUUGUUUCUUCACUGGAAUGCUUUUGGCUGCCCAGAGAGAGAUUUCUGGGGAAUUGCUUUAAACAAACAAACAAACACACAGAGAUAAGCCUUUAAUUGAACAAAGUUUUAUUUAGAGAAAUUGUGUAAUAUAAAUAGAUGGAUAAUAUUUAUCCUUUAUUUUUCUACAUAGUUAGUUUGGUGGCUUGAAAAGUGUGGCAGCUGAUAACAGAGGGUUUUUUUAAGCGCUUAUUUUUUUUUCAGUAACCAGUAGCACUAUUUCCUGGUUUUCCUGAACCAGAAGGUUUUUAGCUCAAUAUUACAGUGGCAGUGAAGUCCUCCACUGUAUAAAGUGCUUAGAUGCAUGCUCUGAACAUCCAGCUUUAAGAAAUCUUGAUGCUAGCAGAACCGGAGUCCUGAGAAUCUGCAUGAGAUGGGAAUGGUAUCCCUACAAUUGCAUCAAGAUCAGUGGCUGCUUCUGGAAAUCUCUUCCAGUGGUUCCCAUAUCAGAGCAGAGAACUGCUUCACUGCGCAUAUUUUUAGGAAAACACUUAAAGGUACAUUAAAAAAAGAACCUCCAUUUCUGAGCAGGUUUUGUGGCUUCUCGUUUAUCCCUUCUCACUAAGCCUCCAGUCCUGCUUUGCACAUACCUAACUGGCAUGCACAAGGAAGUCUUUUGCACUAACAUGUGUAAAUUAACACUGACUGCCAAGUGUUUUGCAGGAGUGGGGCAUCAGUUUACAUUUCUGAAGAAAGCUCAAUUGCAAUUGCUUGUAGGUGUGUGUUUUUUUAAAAAAAGACUGACCAGGGAAGGCAGCAAUCAGGCCUUGGAAAACAGACGCCUUAAAAAAAGAGAAAAGAAAGUCAAACUUGUUUCCAAGCCAAAAGGCAGCAGUAUUUGCUGUCAGCCAUCUGACCUGUACUGUACAAGUGAAGGUGUGGAAAAGGGUUUUAGUUCUUGUGUGGUAGCCUUGCAUUUUUUUUCUGCUGUGAAAACUUACGCUUUGUGUGGUGUCCAGGGGAAGGGUUUAUCAGAUUAGUGUGCACAGGCUUUUGUCUGUGUGUAUGUUUUUGUUCAAGCAGGGAUUGGGGCCACAUGUUUCCAUAUCCCCCUCCUCUGCUUGCUACUGCCCAUUCUUCUGGGAAAUAAAAUUGUAGGGUAAAAAGAAAACAGAAGCCUUGGGAUUGAACCAAACAAAUGUAUGCGAGAGAAACUGUUGCAUUCUGUUUUUCAAAAUGGGUGUAUUUCAGAUUGUACCUGAUACAGAAUUACUGCCCUGAAGUAUCCUUUCCCUAUGCAGGUUUGCUUAACCCAUGUUGUGAUGUCGUGGCACCAAACGUGGACUUGCUCCUGGUUCUGUAUCCCUCAUUGCUGUUUAUAAAUGAACACAGAUGGUGUAAUAACAUGGUAUGAGCCAUACAGCAUGUAUUUGUGGGGGGUGCUUUACAGAGAAGUCCUGUGUCAAGGAGAAGACUACUUCAGCAAAACAUUUAAUUUUGUCCUGAGCCUAGUAGUGGUCCAAAAGCCCUAAAUCAACAAAGAGGAGUUGUUGUCUUGUAGUCACCCUGAUGCAGCUGUGGCUAUAAAAUGAAUUUGGUUCAUGCUCCAGCCUCCAUGUUGGUGGAAUUCUAAUCUGAAAGUGUGGUGUGUUAUUUUGUCCAACCAGAAGGUGAAUUAUACCUCCAAACUGUUUGCCAUUAAUAACUUGUUCAUUAAGUACACCAAGUUGACAUUUCCCCUUGAUGUUUGGAUUUGGAUCUUCAUUUUAUUUUUAGGCUAUGUGCACUUGACAAAAUUGUUUUCCAUGGGGUGUGUGUGUGUGUGCGCACAUGGGUGCAAAGAAGGGUCUUUUCCUGAGGCCUGAGGGGAUAGGGCGGGAUAUAAAUCCAAUCAAACAAAAACAAAUAUGAGUCUUAUAACAGCAAAAAAUAAGAGCCAUAUUUAAAUGUUCAAGAUACCACUUGAAUGUUCAAACAUUUUUGUCAUCUCUCUUGUUCUGGUUUUCUCUCCCAAUCCCAAAUCAAAACAAGUCUGUUUCUUUUUUUAAAGUGAAUAACUUCCAUUCAACUGAAGGAUUUUAUUCAAGCCAAUUACUGUUUGAGCAGCUAUUGAGAUCCCUCUGCAAUUUACUUAGUUUCUGAAGUGAUGCCUUUAGCAUCAAGAACUGGACUAUAUAUGCAGGAUACAGCCACCACACAGCAUCUGAUCUUUUGAAUGUUUGCCCAAGUCCAUAGAUUUUUUUUCUGUGUUGGCGCUCUGUGGACACUGUCUUAUGCUGUGUUGUUUGCUGUAACUAUUGGCAAUACUACAAGAUAAAAUGUCUGGGGGCAACCAGCCACAGCUAUUCAGUGAAAAUAUCUGUCUAGUUCUUCGAAGAGCUGAACUUCAUGUGACAUUGGCAUAUCUGUGUCUCUAAACAUGCUUUUUUGCUAAAACCACCUUUAAAAUGGGUUAUUGAAAGCACAGUUGUCAGUCCAAGAUAACCAGAAAGCUCUCCGUGCUUCAAAAAAAGAAAUCUGUUAGUCCCUUCAUGAAACAAAAGAUUGCACAUGGGGGGGGAGCGGGCAAGGCAAAAGCACAAAAAGGUAUAGGAGAUCCAGAGUUGUCCCCUGCUCACCAUUCCCUUCUCCCUUCUACCCUGCAGCCUCUCCUGUGGUGGUUCUUCCCCUAACUAGAGUCUAACUCUGCAAGUAGGUCUGCCUGGGUGAAGGGGAAUGGGAAAGUGGGUAUCCCCCCCAUGUGUUAUAUUUGUAUUUCGAUGCCACCCCUAACUGCAGUGUUUGUGUGGAAGCUGAAUGGAAAUUGGGGCCUUAACUUACAUUACACUGCUUAUGGCUCUAUCUUGGGUCUCAUCAAACCAAAUGGUACCUGGGAAUUCUUUAAUGAAACAUAGUUUGCUGUUGCGUGGGAACUCAUCUCAGAUUAGGAUUAUCAGCAGAGAGUUUCGGCCUCUCCUCUCCUCUUGUGCUGUUGCCUGAUAAAAAUUUGCAGAGCCUGUUUUUGUUCUGUUGGGGCAAACUUACAUCAGUAUGCAUACUUUCCCCCAACAGAAUAGACAGUUUCAGGUGAGGAAAAUGGUGUUAGGGGACUUAAACUCAUCCCUACCACAGCCCUAAUCUGGGGCUCUGCAUUUAAAUACUAUAACAGACGCUUCAUGUCCUGAAAUGUUUGCAAUGUGCCUGUUUUGAAAUGUUGGGUUUUCCUGUAAUCUUAUUUGUAGGAUGUUUCAUCAGCUAGGGCGAUUUUAUGACUUAUUAGUAUUUUCUAAAUGAAGCAUCUGGAGAGGAACUCUAAUGACCUGAAGUGGACUGUUGCAGUUUAACUCUGAAUGUGUAGUUCUCCUGCUUCUUUCUAAUGGGUACACCUUAAUGUUUUAACUGCUGACUCUUCAGUUCGAAGCACACCUUCAAAAGCCUGGUCAAGGGCCUCUUGUCUUGGCUGGGAAUUCUCCACUAAGACAUGAAAAUACAUCAUUUGAAAUGUAUUUGAAAGGGGUUUACAAACAAAACACACAGAAUCACACUCAUUGCUGCUUUGUCUGCUGAAACCGCACAUUUUUUUAGACAAAGAAAAAUUUCAGUUUGCUGUUUUUAAAAUUGCCUUUGUAUGAAUUUACCAAUGUCGACUUCUUAAAAGAAUAUUUGGUAGUGCUGAAAGGUGAGUUUCUGAAAUGCUGCUACAGUUUCAGCACUGGAGCUCGAAAUAAAUGAUUUGAUCUAUUUGCAAGAA